AUGGCAUCACCUAUCCAAAUGACUGCAAGCAAUCUAUUACGCACAGAAGGCUUUUCUGGAAAUAUGGGACAAAGAUAUGGUUUAAUUGCUGCGAGAAGUCUUGGAUCAAGAAGGUUGCGAAUGACUCAACAUUGCUUUCAUCAACAGCAUCUUUGUUGGAGACAUGUACAAAGAGGUGUGGUUCGUAAUAUCAGAUCAUCAUCAUCUCCUGGGGCUGUGGUAUCCAAGGGGUUUGACAGUUCAUUAGUUGAGAAACCUGAUACUUCAUUGGAUGUUGGAAUUAUUCAUUUGUACCGUAUACCAUUUCUUCAAGAAAGUGAAACUAUGGAGCUGCUCAAGAAAGUGAAGGCGAAGGUUUCUGCUAAAAUUGUUGAUAUACUGACCGAGCAGUGCUUCAACAUUCAAUUGGAUAAUCCACUCACCCCUGAGAAGCUUUCAACGCUUCAUUGGCUCUUAGCAGAAACUUAUGAACCAGACAAGUUGCAAAGUAGGAGCUUUCUGGAGGAGGAAGUAUCUAGAAGUUCCUGUGCUGUUAUUGUUGAGGUCGGUCCCCGGAUGACAUUUUCGACGGCAUUCUCGACCAAUGCUGUCUCAAUUUGUAAAUCUCUCUCAUUAGUAGAAGUGAGCAGACUGGAGCGGUCAAGAAGAUACCUUUUGCGCCUUGAGCCUGGUAAUGGUCCACUUGAUGAAAGUCUGCUCAAAGAAUUUGCUGCAUUGGUUCACGAUAGAAUGACAGAGUGCAUUUAUCCCAAAAAGCUGACAUCAUUUCAGUCAGAUGUAGUUCCUGAACCUGUCUGUGUUGUUCCAGUCAUUGAAAGAGGAGAAGAAGCAUUGGAAGAAAUAAAUGUGAAGAUGGGGCUUGCUUUUGAUAAACAAGAUAUUGACUACUAUACACACCUCUUCCGAGAUGAUAUUAAACGCAAUCCGACUACAGUGGAACUUUUUGAUAUUGCACAAUCCAAUAGCGAACACAGUAGACAUUGGUUUUUCAAUGGAAAACUUGUUAUAGAUGGAGAGACCAUGCCUGCCACUUUGUUCCAGUUAGUGAAGAGCCCUCUGAAAGCCAACCCCAAUAACUCUGUCAUCGGGUUCAAGGAUAACUCGAGUGCAAUAAAAGGAUUUCCAGUAAACCAUCUACGCCCAACAAUUCCAGGUUCCAGUUCACCAUUAUCCAUCAUGAUGCGUGAGCUUGAUAUUUUAUUCACAGCAGAAACCCAUAAUUUUCCAUGUGCUGUUGCACCAUACCCGGGAGCCGAGACAGGUGCAGGUGGCCGUAUAAGAGACACGCAUGCCACUGGAAAGGGUUCUUUUGUUGUUGCUUCCACUGCUGGUUACUGUGUUGUGAAUCUGGCCUCUCCAUUGCAAAUUCUUGUCGAUGCUAGUGAUGGUGCCUCUGACUAUGGGAACAAGUUUGGUGAGCCUCUAAUUCAGGGAUAUACCAGAACAUUUGGGAUGAGGUUGCUAAAUGGGGAGCGGCGUGAAUGGUUGAAGCCUAUAAUGUUCAGUGGAGCUAUUGGGCAAAUUGACCAUGCACACAUAUCGAAGUGUGAUCCAGAAAUUGGCAUGCUAGUUGUGAAGAUCGGUGGUCCAGCAUACAGAAUUGGUAUGGGCGGUGGUGCUGCCUCGAGUAUGGUUAGUGGCCAGAACGACGCAGAGCUUGAUUUCAACGCUGUACAGCGUGGAGAUGCUGAGAUGGCACAGAAAUUGUAUCGUGUGGUCAGGGCAUGUGCAGAAAUGGGAGAGAAUAACCCUAUCAUUAGCAUUCAUGAUCAGGGUGCAGGAGGAAACUGUAAUGUUGUUAAGGAAAUAAUAUAUCCAAAGGGUGCUGAAAUUGAUAUCCGUGCAAUUGUUGUUGGUGAUCAUACAUUGUCGGUCUUGGAGAUAUGGGGUGCUGAGUACCAGGAACAGGAUGCGCUACUUGUGCAACCUGAGAGCAGAAGCCUGUUAGAGUCGCUUUGUGAGAGGGAAAGAGUUCCAAUGGCUGUCAUUGGGAAAAUUGAUGGCUGUGGAAAAAUUGUGUUGAUUGAUAGCGCUGCUGUGAAGAAUGCCAAGUUGAAUGGCCUCCCUCCUCCAUCCCCUGUUGAAGAACUUGAGCUUGAAAAAGUUCUAGGAGACAUGCCUCAGAAGACCUUCAAGUUCAAGCGUGUUUCUCAUGUCACAGAGCCUUUAGACAUUUCACCUGAGGUAACACUUUUGGAUGCUCUGAAGCGAGUAUUAAGGCUCCCAUCUGUGUGUUCAAAGCGUUUCUUGACCACAAAGGUUGAUAGGUGUGUGACAGGCCUUGUUGCACAACAGCAGACAGUUGGACCUCUCCAACUUCCGCUUGCUGAUGUGGCUGUGAUUGCACAGACAUACACAGACCUAACAGGUGGUGCUUGCAGCAUUGGAGAACAACCAAUAAAGGGUUUGCUUAAUCCUAAGGCCAUGGCCAGACUUGCUGUUGGGGAGGCCUUGACUAAUCUUGUCUGGGCUAAGGUUACAUCACUUGCUGAUGUCAAAGCAAGCGGGAAUUGGAUGUACGCUGCAAAGCUUGAUGGCGAAGGUGCAGAUAUGUAUGAUGCAGCUGUCGCAUUGGCUGACUGCAUGAUUGAACUUGGUAUUGCAAUAGAUGGGGGAAAAGACAGUCUUUCCAUGGCAGCCCAAUGUGAUGGUGAACUCGUCAAGGCUCCUGGAAAUCUGGUCAUCAGUACUUACGUGACAUGUCCUGAUAUAACAUUGACAGUAACCCCUGAUUUGAAGCUUGGUAAUGAUGGAAUCCUUCUGCAUAUUGACCUCGCUAAAGGAAAUCGCCGUCUUGGUGGUUCUGCUCUUGCACACGCAUUUGAUCAAAUUGGAAAUGAUUGCCCGGACAUUGAUGAUGUUCUGUACCUGAAGAAGGUUUUCGAGGCCAUUCAGGAAUUGCUCAGUCAACGUCUUAUUUCAGCAGGCCAUGACAUAAGCGAUGGUGGCCUUAUUGUGAGUGUUCUUGAGAUGGCAUUUGCUGGUAAUUGUGGUUUUAAGCUCGACAUAGACUUGGAAGAUAGGAGCCUUCUUGAAGGACUUUUUGCAGAGGAGCUUGGCCUUGUUAUUGAAGUGCACUCAAAAUAUAUCGAUAUCGUGAAGCAAAAGCUUGAAGCAACAGGCAUUUCUGCUAAUGUAAUUGGAGAAGUUACCUGCUCACCAGACAUAGAAGUUUUUGUUGAUGGCAAUCUGCAUCUCAAGGAAAAAACUUCAGAUCUCAGGGAUCUCUGGGAGGAAACGAGCUUCCAGCUUGAGGAGUUACAACGUCUGAAAUCUUGUGUCAAACUUGAGAAAGAAGGAUUAAAAUGCAGAACAUCGCCGUCAUGGUCUCUGUCUUUUACUCCCAAAUUCACAGAUGAGAAACUGUUGAUUGCUUCCUCAAAACCAAAGGUCGCUAUCAUUCGUGAAGAAGGGAGCAAUGGGGACAGGGAAAUGGCUGCUGCAUUCCACGCUGCUGGGUUUGAACCAUGGGAUAUCACAAUGUCAGACCUCUUGGCUGGGAAGUCUUCUCUAACAGAGUUCCGUGGGAUUGUGUUUGUUGGCGGUUUUAGCUAUGCAGAUGUGCUAGAUUCAGCGAAAGGUUGGGCUGCAUCGAUCAGGUUUAACAAACCCCUCGUUCAGCAAUUUCAGGAUUUCUAUCAUAGGCCAGACACGUUCAGCCUUGGAGUAUGUAACGGUUGUCAGCUUAUGGCUCUUCUUGGCUGGGUGCCAGGAUCUGAUGUUGGAGGUUCUCUUGGUAAAGGUGGAGAUAUGUCCCAACCCAGGUUUAUUCACAAUGAAUCCGGUCGUUUCGAGUGCCGGUUUACCAGUGUGUCCAUUGGGGAUUCUCCUGCUAUCAUGUUCAAGGGGAUGGAAGGUUCUACCUUGGGUGUUUGGAGUGCUCACGGCGAGGGAAGAGCUUUCUUCCCAGAUGAAAAUGUUCUAGCUACUGUUGUGAAGUCUAAUCUGGCACCUGUGAGAUAUUGCGAUGAUUUUAACAACAUAACCGAGACCUAUCCCCUUCAAUCCUAA